UUUGCAGUUCUGGUUCUGUGUUGCAUUUCUAUGGUUGACUCAACAUGUUCAACAAACCCAUGUGAUAUAUCUACAGAAAAAUCAAUAAUAGCCAGCAUGGUUCAGUGCAUGCUUCAAUCCAUAGAAAACAAGAUGAAAGCAUCUGGUGAGUGCACUGCCACUAAGAACUGUCCAGCCGGUUGGAAAAAAUACAAAACUAACUGCUACUUUUUUUCACCUGAUGGUAAAAAUUGGCAUGAUGCUGCGAAACAAUGUCAAACUAUGGGAGGAUACCUUGCAAAAAUUACAGACUCAGAAGAAAACUCAUGGGUUGUUGACAUGAUCACAAAAUCGGUUAAGCACAAAUAUGGCUAUUGGAUGGGUAUGGCAGAUUUUAAAAAAGAAGGAGACUGGAGAUGGGUUAAUGACUCUUCAGCAGUCAGUUAUUCUAACUGGAAUCGAGGCAACCCAAACAAUUCUAGGAAUGAAGACUGUGGUCAUUUUUGGUCAGAAGUUAAUUAUGAAUGGAAUGAUGCAAAAUGCCAAACAGAUCAAAUGGGAUAUAUUUGUGAAUGUUCAGAUGCCUCGAACUGUCGUCCGUCCAAGGGAUGAGAGGAAAGCAAACAGCCAGUAGAAGACAGAU